UGCAACCCUUACAUGUAUACGGCGAGCAGCGGCCAGCACGCGCCCAGUACUGGACCCGCACCGGCACCAUCAGCACCAUGGCGAUCAGGACCAUCAUCGGCGUUCUCGUCCUCGUCGCGGCGGCCGCACAGGCCAAGAAGAUCCCCGAUUAUCUCCAGACAUGCAAAAGGAGCGACCCAAAGUACGACGACUGCCUCACGAAAGCCAUUGUGGCCGCCAAGCCCUACCUCAACAAGGGUAUCCCCAAGCUCCAUGUGCCGCCAUAUGAGCCGCUGGAGUUCCCUGCGCUCGACGUGGACCGCAACCUGGACAACAUCCAGGUGAAGGCUCACCUCACGAACAUCAAGAUCUACGGCGCGAGUGGCUUCAUCAUCGACAGCCUGAAAUCUGAUCUCAGUAAGCACGAAGUGACGGCCACCGUGACGAUUCCGAAAGUCUUUGUCGACAUGGACUACAAUGUCCAGGGUCGCCUCCUCGUCGUUCCCAUCGUUGGUUUCGGCCACUUUAAGGGCAACUUCACAAACUGCAAGGCUGUAAUCAAGGGCAAUGCCAAAAUAUUUAACAACAAAAAGAACGUCAAGCACCUUAAGCUGGAUAAGUUCCACGCCAAGCUCGCCGUCGGUGACACGGCCUUCGACAUCCAGAACAAGGACACCAGGAGCGCUGCCAUCGCGAACGCAGCCAACGCCUUCAUCGCCCAGAACAGGCGGCAGGUCAUCCAGAUAGUGCUCCCCAUCGUAGAAGAAACCAUGGAUGAGGUGGUGCGGCAGAUCGGAGACGACAUCCUCAGCACCAUGCCCUACCAUGAGAUCCUCCCUGAAUAGGUACGCGCAGUCGACUCCUCCAAGCACCAUCAACACAUAGUCCUUAAACUAUUAUGAUAUUUAUCUUUAAACAAAACAAGGUGUAUGUAUCGCUGUUACCGUUUAGAGGCCCGCUGCCCCAUUGAAAACUGUUUUCUAGGUUUUUCGUCCUUUAAGAUUGAAAACAACUACGAAAAUCUACAAAUAUUUUGGGCUGUAAGUGUGUAAAUUAAUUCCCCUGGAAUUAAUGGACGUGGAUCUUUUUUGUUAUAAUUGACAGCAGACAGAGUAUCAUAAGAAAGCGGCUUUAACAUUUGUACCUGUGAUUCGCGUCUCAACUUAUCAUCUUGCGUUACCAUGACACAUACUGUAUUAUCGAGGCAUUUAAAUGUUACCAUCAUCAUCAUGUUUACAUGUUUUCGUGUUUACGUUUAGUUACCAAAUAAAAAAAUAUGUUUGAAAUAGUGAAAA